CGCCCUUUCUCUAUUCUCCCAUCGCCCUCUCCGAGCGCUGAGGAUGCCCUAGAUCCGUCGUCCCGCCAGAGCUCCGCCCGGACCACCUCUCGCCAGACCGCUCCGUCAAGCUCGCCCUUCCUCGACUUGCUGCCGCCGCUUAUCUCUCCUAUAUUUUUGAGGCCGAGGAGGAUGCAAUUGGUGGUACCUGCGAAUGCGAAGAGAAAGAUUUUAGUGGGAUCUGAAGGAGCAAGCCGUGUUGAUGCCUCUUAUUUGCCGCCUUUCAGUGACGACAUCGCCCUUCUUAUCUUGGCAAGGCUUCCGAGCUCAAAGUAUUGUGAUCUUCGCUUGGUGAGCCGGCGCUUCCAUUCUCUAAUAAGAAGCGGUGAGCUCAAUGAGAUUCGAAAGAAGAUUGGAAUUAAGGAGCCAAAAAUUUUCUUACAUUCGGGAAAAGCUCGCUAUCGGUGUUAUGAACCAUAUACUGAAGCUCGCUAUAAGUGUUAUGAACCAUAUACCAGGUCCUGUUGGGACCUCCCUGUAUGUCCAUACGACGAAACCAUUGCAUAUCGUGCCACGAAAUUGUUCUGCGUGGGAACACAUCUUCUUGUGUUGGGAAUAAUCAGAAGGGUUGAUGGUCUUUGGCGUGACGCAGAUAUUUGGCGGUUCGAAUUGGACUCAGAUAUUUGGAGGUACAAAUUGGAGUUAAACCGGUGGUUCAACGGUCCUAUGAUGAUCACACCAAGAUAUUUCUUCGCAUCUGCAGACUGUGGUAGUGUGGCUUGUGUCGCUGGAGGGGAACAACAAGUUAGUAAGGAGGUUCUGAAUAGCGCAGAAAAGUAUAAUCCUGAGAGAAAGUCAUGGGAGCCGCUCUCUAGUAUGAACAUGCGAAGAAAGUUUUGCUCUGGAUUUUAUAUGGAUAGUAAGUUUUAUGUUAUCGGUGGCAUAAAUGAGAAUCGUGAUUUACUUACUUGUGGAGAAUGUUAUGAUUUUGAGCGGAAUGUGUGGGAAAUGAUUCCUAAUAUGAUAGAAGAUGAUCCGUCGUGGACCUUUAGAUGCUAUGAACUCUCAUAUCACGUGGCAGUUGUAAACAAUGAGUUGUAUCAUCUUGAUGUCCCUUCUCGCCGUCUCAAGGUGUACUUGAAAAACAAUAAUACAUGGAAGAAAGUGGGUAGGGUGCCGGCGAGCAUAGAACACUUCCAAAGUUGGGGAGUGGAGUUGAAGUCUUUGGGGGAAGAGCUACUUUUAGUCUGUAGAACGCUGCGCAAUUGCUCUUCUCAUGCAGUCUGUAGAACGCUGCGCAAUUGCUCUUCUCUUGCGAUCAUUAUGUGCUUUUGCACACCUAGUCCUGAAUUAGAUGAUGUAGAAUGGCAUGUCCUUGAUUACAGUCAUCAAGGGCAGAACCGGUCCAUUAAUAAUUGUUGUGUAAUGAUGGCUUGAUCUAACAAUUAAAGCAGAACGGGGGCAAGUAAA